AUGACCACAGGAAUUAAUCAUAUAGUAUCACAGUUACAAGAACAGAUUCCAGAGACUUGGUGCAAGAAAAUUAAGCUUGAGUCAAUUAACCAGAACGUCACCUCCGAACCUGCAUACGUAGCAGAAACAAAUAGUGACGAUGGCAACUCAAAAGAGCCAAGCGAUCAGAGCAUUUUGGAAAAACCAGAAAUUUCUGGAAAUUUUGUGAAUAAAAUUCACAAUUUUCAUAAUCAAAAUAUUGACAAAUCUAUAGAGGAUAACCAGUUGGACUGUAAUUUGUCCAAAAAUGAUUCAUCUAGAAAUGACGAUUUCAAUGUUCCUUCUGAGCAGUAA